AACUCCUGGAGUAUCUGUACCAAGACAGUUGGUGGUAUACAAACAAGAAAGAGAGAAUGCACCAACCCAGAACCAGGACGUUGUGGGAAACACUGCGAUGGGACCGGAGCACUGUUGAGAGUAUGUAGCAACAUGUCCAGUUGCCAAGAAGAAUUUCCCCUGCGUUUUGAAACAGAGAAGAACCCAUCUGUCGGUACAAUGGAGAUAUUCUCAAACAGCAGCUGGCAAAAGCUUUGUACCAGUCAAUGGGAUGAAGCAGAUGAAAAUUCAACCUGCAUGGCCAUGGGCUACUAUAACAACGGUGCUAAUGACACAUGGUACGCAGAACGUGGCAAUGCUACAGAGAUGUCCACCCACUACAACUGCACCAUUCCCACCAGAUGUCAAAACGACUUGGAAAAGAAACAACAAUUUUGCAAAGUUCCUGUUCGCUUGAAUGGCGCAAAUGUGGAGUAUGGAGGAAGAGUGGAAGUGUUUUACAAGGGGAAAUGGGCAAAGAUAUGUAGGAAUAAAUGGGACUUUGACGACGUCAAAGUUAUUUGUCGUCAACUUGGCUUUGAAGAGGCUUUGGCGGAAUUCAUUGGGUCAGACAUAAAGGCUGAGGGAAUACCUUUUGCAAUGUCCGAUGUCUCUUGCACCGGAGAAGAGUUUGAACUUGCAUCAUGCGAUCGCAUUGAUGGAAAGUUAAAUAUUCCACCUCAAUGUCAAUCGGAUGACAAGGGUUCUCAAGCGUUGUGUCAACCAAAGAACAAGAAUGUGUUGGAAAGAGUUGAACUCUAUUUUGAUAUUGGUAGCGGAGAAAAGCUUCGCUGCUCUAUACACAAUAAAACCAAUCAUGCUAGAUGGGUCAUCAAUGGGGGAAAGCUUGAAAUAACAAACUCUACUUCUCAAAGGAUCAGGGCUGGAGACAAUGGUGAUCUGUUCAUCGAUGAUGUACAGCUGUCUGAUGGAGGAACAUAUGAAUGCCAGAGAUUGGAAUAUGUUCAAUAUUACAUUGUCUAUAUUAAUGCAAGAUUUACUGAGAAGACGUUGGACCAACAAACCGUUAUUGCGUACGAGUCUGGCAUUAUAAGCUGCAGUGCUGAUGGAACACCAAGUCCACAGAUUUCUUGGAGUAAAAAAGGAAGAAAGUCCUUAGACCCGAAGCGAUUCACUCAAGUAUCCAAUGGCAGCUUGCGUAUUGGUUUUGUAAAGCCUGAAGACGAUGGAACAUUCACUUGUACCAUGAAACAAACUAAAGGAGCGAAGAGGGUCACAAGCAAAGAUAAAGACAUACGAGUGAGAGUUAUAAUUCGACCAGAUGUUUAUAUUUCUGGAGCAAGCAAUCUCAUCAUAGAAGGAAGCAGUGUAAACUUGACGUGUGAAGUUGUGGCAGGUCGGCCUGAACCACGGAUCACCUGGCUCAAGAAUAUUACAUUGCAAAGAGAGAGUUCGUCUCUCUUCUUUUCUGAGAUAACAAAGGAGGACGAAGGGCGGUACACUUGUAAGGCAGAGAAUGAAGCAGGCAUUUCUACCAAAGACAUUAAAAUUUCUGUAAAGGUUCCACCCCAUGUUCGUAGUGAGUCUAGAAAUCUCACCAUUGCGUUUGACUACCCAUUUAUUAGAGAGUGUUAUUUCAGAGGUGACCCACAAGUAUCUGUCAACUGGACCAAGGAUGGAGUGCUAAUUAGUAAAAACAACACCUUGGUUAUAAGAAAAGCGACGUUUAAAGAUAAAGGCUAUUAUGAAUGUACUGCUAAAAAUGAUUAUGGCGAAGCAAAAUCUUCCUUCUGGAUCGAUGUCACAGUAUUUCCACAGAUUAUAAAGCCUCCGAUAAACCAGUCUGUUACUGAGGGAAACUCUGUGAACUUUAGUUGCCGAGCCACAGGUGUGCCAACACCAACAUUAGUCUGGGUUUUUAAUAAUGGUGACCUGCCAUCUGGUAUCAAUCAAUUCAAUCACAAAGGAGAAUCAUUCCUGGAAUUUUUAAGCGUCACAAAAGGGAUGGAAGGGACUUACAAGUGUGAAGCGAAAAAUAAAGCAAAUACAACUAGUUCCUCUGCAACACUGCGUGUAUACGGAAAAGCCUCUGUUCAAGUUUUUCCAGAUCAGUAUCCAGCAAUCACAGCAGGAGACAACCUCACGUUGACCUGCAACGUCAACGAAGAAACAAUAAAUGUAACUUGGAAAAAAGAUGGAGACUCACCACCUGAAAGAGCAAAGAUUGAUACACGAUUCGAUGACAAAAAGAGUACAUUUGCUGUAACUGAAGUUGUGAAGGAGGACAGUGGUGUGUAUUCUUGCGAGGGACGUAACAAGCUCGGUUUUGUUGACCGUUCCUUUGUAAAAAUAAACAUCAAAGCGAAGCAAGUGCCACGAGCUAUGCAAAGUUUCAACACUUUGUGGUUUUACAUUGGUGGAUCAGUGGCGGCAGCGAUUGUCAUUUUGCUAAUUGCCUGGUAUUUCUGCAAGCUUCGAAGGGCAGCCCCACCUGAGGUGCCACCUAGGUUGAAUGAAGGGGAAGAUGAAGUUGAGAUGGAUCAGCUGAACUUAAACACAGAUGGAUGGGAGAUUGCAGCUGACCGCCUGAACCUUCGCGAGCAUAUUGGCAGAGGGGCAUUUGGUUCAGUGUGGCGAGCGCUACUGGGUCGUUCCCGUGGCAGACCUGGAAAUCGUACAGUUGCUGCCAAGUGCUACUUACCAAUCUCCGGAGAGAAAGGAAGGAAGGCCCUGCUGAGAGAGAUCGAGUUAUUAAAACUCUUUGGAAGGGAGGGCCAUGAAAAUGUUGUUAAGUUCAUUGGUUGUGUUACAGUUGGAGUAUCACGAGCUUCAUCGCGAUCUUGCACUAACAUCCUUCUUGAUGAGCAUCGUGUCUGCAAGUUGACUGACUUUUCUCUUAUCAGGAUUUCAAAUACGGCCCAGGAAAUGCCAAGGGGAUGUAUCCCAAUCAAAUGGACUGCACCCGAGAUUCUCUUUGGACAUGUGGAACAACUGUCAACCAAAAGCGAUGUGUGGUCCUACGGCAUCGUCCUGUAUGAAAUCUUCACUGUCGGAGGCAUUCCUUACGAAGGAUGGUCUCAAUCCACGACAAUGAAAAAAAUCGAAGAAGGUUAUCGUCUGCCAAAGCCUGAACAUAUCGACGACAGUUUAUACGCGGUGAUGUUAAACUGCUGGAAAUACGAAAGCGCCAGCCGGCCACACUUUGUGAAGCUCUACCAAACAAUGGAUACAUAUAUUAAAACAAAGACAUAUGUAGAUAUCUUUGACGAUGACAAGUAUGAUCAGGAUAAGUACAACUUUGUCGAUGACCGUGGAGCUGUUGCAAACCCAGAAGAUGCAGGACCGGACGAGCUAGGAGCAGCUGCAGCAAAUCCCAUCGGUGAAGUGGGUGAACACGGUGCUACGGCACAUCCCUUUCUGGUUGCAAUGGACGAUGAUGCUACAGCUUUCCCUCUUGGAAUUAACGUAGGAGACGAAGGAGCACCUGCAACAGAUCCCGACCGUGAAGUGGGUGAACACGGUGCUACGGCACAUCCCUUUGUGAUUGCAAUAGACGAUGGUGCUCAAGCUUUCCCUUUCGCUAUUAACGUACCAGAGAAAGGGGCAGCUGCAGCAAAUCUCGCCCAUGAUGUGGGUAAGCACGGUGCUGCUGCACAUUCCUUUGUGGUUGCAAUUGACGAUGGUGCUACAGCUUUCCCCUUCGCUAUUAACUUACAAGACAAAGGGGCAGCUGCAGCAAAUCUCGCCCAUGAAGUGGGUAAGCACGGUGCUACUGCACAUCCCUUUGUGGUUGCAAUUGACGAUGGUGCUACAGCUUUCCCCUUCGCUAUUAACUUACAAGACAAAGGGGCAGCUGCAGGAAAUCUCGCCCGUGAAGUGGGUAAGCACGGUGCUACGGCACAUCCCUCUAUGGUUGGAAUUGACGAUGGUGCUACAGCUUUCCCUCUCGGAAUCAAAGUAGAAGAAGAAGGUUGCGCAGCAUACCCUUUUGAGAGUGAUAAGAAAGAUAUGGAUGCCCAAGCGUACCCUUUGGAGAGUGAUACUUUACCAUACCUUAGCGAGAACGAGGAAGAAGAUGUUGAUGACUCCGAGUGCCCUCUUGCGAUUGAGGAAGAAGAAAUUGAUGACUACGAGUGCCCUCUUGCGAUUGAGGAAGAAGAAAUUGAUCCUUUACCAUCCUCCCUGGUGAUGGACGAAGACGGUCUAGCUGCUUCAGCAUGUCCCCUUGUGACUGACGAAGAAAAUUCUGAUUCUUUAGCAUGCCCCCUUGUGGUUGAGGAAGAAGAUUCCAAUAACUCAGCAUGCUCCCCUGUACCUGGGGAAGAAGAUUUGGAAGCCACAGAAUGCCUUUCUGUUACUGAAAAAGAAGAUCCUACCUCUUUCGCACGCUCCGCAAAUGAGGUGAACAAACCCGAUGCCUCACCAUUCCCUUGUGUGAUCGAAGAAGAAGAUCUUGAUUCUUUAGAAUACAAUCCUCUGAUCGAAAAAGAAGGCCUCAGUGAUUCCGUCUUCCCUCCAGAAAUUCAAACUGAUGACGAAGAAGGUGUAACAAGUGAACCUGAAAAUACCGUUGGUUAUGAAGGUGCUGUAGCAGUUCAAUCUGAAAAGGAGGCAGUAGAAGAAGAACCUAAGACUUGCCAACUAGAGUACACGAAGGAUGAACAAGACGAUCUUGGAAACUAUAUGGACGACCAAAGUGAUGCUGUAGACCUUUUUGACGGAGACGCUGGCGUACAAGAGUAUGAUGGUAAUCAACUUACUGCUGCGGAUAUAGACGAAACUGGAAGUGACGAAGACGAGGAGUCAUCUGAAGCAACUCCUCUUGUGCAGGACUGAGGCUUAAUAGCAGAAUUGCUGAACCUCUAAGGUUGUAGUCUUAUAACACU